GCUUUAGAGUGAACAUCUAAACUUACACUGCAGGUUACAAUGCCUCGUUUAUUUACUUUUAGACGGAACAAUAAAGUUAAUCCAGUAAACCAUGAUGUGGAGACUGUCCGCACGACAGAAGAUCCACAAAUGGAGGGGAAACUUCAGGACUCCCCAAAGACUUCAGGCAAAAGUCGUUUCUUUGGCAAGUCGUUUCUGAAACGUCUUUUCAGCAGGAAGAAGAAAGUACCACCGACAGAAGAAAAUGUAGAAGCUGUCAGCACUACAGAAAGUGUAACGACGGAUGUGUGUACGGUGGAUGAAGCCCACAGCGAAGAGGCUGAAUCACCCACACCAGUUCUCUCCGACGACAGAAAACAGGAGCUACAGAACAGAGGGUUUGACAACUUGGGAAAUAGCUGCUACGUAAAUGCCAGUAUGCAGUGCCUGUUCAGUGCAGAAUCUUUCUGCAAACAGCUCAUGAAUAACAUAAAUGAGGACAUGCCAGAUGAAUCAGCCAACCUUACCGGAUGUUUUGCAAAGCUGUGGUCCAUGAGAGACAGCUCUGAUUGGUCCACCAAGAAUUCUCUCGUAUUGAACUUGAUCGAGGCAGCUGCGCUUAACAACCCUGAAUUUACACCUGACACUCAGAAUAUGUGUUCAGUUAUCACAGUUGCAAGAAAGAUUAAAUAUCAGCACUUCUGUAUCUCAAUAUUUUAA